GGGCUUGACGCGCGGCGGAACUACACGGCGCCUUCCGGGAGGGGAGCGCGGCGGCAUGGAGCGCUUCGUGGUGCGGCGGGCCCGCUCCCCGCAGGGCCCCCGCAGCACCCGGCCGGAGCCCCCGGCCCUGCGGCAGGCCCCGCUCGAGGCCCUCAGGAGAGUUGUGGUCGUGGAAGACAUAAAGCGGUGGAAGUCUAUGCUCGAGCUUCCUGGGCAGCCGAAAGAGAAUCUGAUCGAAGCUUUGGGGGAACUGAAGAAGAAAAUACCUUCCAAGGAAGUGUUACUGUCAACAAAAAUAGGUCACACCGUGAAUAAGAUGCGCAAACAUUCAGAUCACGACGUGGCCAGCCUUGCCAAAGAUGUUUACACGCAGUGGCGAACUUUCAUCAAAAACCAUUCAAACAGGCCCUCAAUAGAAGUCAGGAGUGAUCCCAAGACUGAGGCGUUCAGAAAGAAUGCACGGAAGCUGCUUUGUGAAGCCCUGGAUCUCGAGAUUGAUCACCCACUGGCUGAAAAUAUUGAGCGAGAAGCUUUUCAUCUCUCUUCCCGUCUCAUUAGCACGCCGUAUCGCAGAAUGGUGCGAGCUCUUGUCUUCUCAUUAAAGCACAAACCUGAAAUCCGAGCAGAAGUCAAGACUGGCACGCUCACUGUCCCUGCGUUUGUACAGAGCCAUAAAAAGUGAGGUGUCGUGCUUGCUGCUGAACGAGAACUUCAUGUGCCUGCAUCUCCGUGGAACCGGGAACCCUCUCUGUCGUAAGGGGCGUGCAGAAGUGCUGACGGGGUGACUCACUUGGCACCGCUCUAUUAACAGGGCUGCUGAAGGCAAGAACUACCAAUGAUGAAAGUGGUGCUGUAAAUCGGAGUUGGUGGGAGUCUGUGUAGGGUUGUUGCUCAAAAAGUAUCUUCUACUCCGCUGUAUAUUUUCCUGCUAAAAAGCCAUCUGUGCUGACUCACUUGUUUCUUACGUCUGUUGGUUUGUCAUGCCUCGGUUUGGCUCCAUCCCUGAGAUGGGUCUUCAGGUGUAAUUAUUUAAAUAACAUUUAACAGCUUUGUGCUGGGCUGAUAGGAAAUAGUGGGAAUUCAGGGUAAUUGUUCCAUGGGAAGGGAUUCCUAGAGGAUAACUGCAAAUCCUAGUUAACCAUAAAUCAGCCAAGUCUGUUGUAACUGGACCCUGGAUGUGGCAAGAGCUACCUGUUUACCCAAGCCAAGUGAUCUCCCCUGCAUUCUGCAGUUGGAUACAAAAUGGGUUUCAAUAAUUCUCUAUUCAUCCUUCCAUAGGCUCAGUCACCCUGUGAUGGUGGGCAUUUUCUGAAACCCUGGGGUGAAAACCAAAAUGCCCUGGGGUAUGGGUGCUAUCUAAUACCUCUGCUUAAUGAGCAACUCACUCAGACAGACUUCCACACCUCCCUCAUGAUUAAAAUCUGGUGCUUGUUUUUAGUGUAACAUAAAAAACUUGAAAUGAAUUUUCUAAUUACAAUUAGGUCAUAAGGAAAAUAUUCCAUGCAAAGGCUUUUUUCCUCCAAAAAGAACGUGUUUCAGAAUGAUUGUGUAAACAAAUUUAAGCAGCAAACUAUUGUAUGAAUUGCUUCUGGUUAUUAAAAACCGAAAAUCUUGCCUUUCA